AUGAACAGCCCUGUGGUCAGAACGAGGCUUCAGCAGCUUUGCCGCUCCUUCACCCGCUGCGGUGCGCCCCGUGUUCAAUCUGCUCUCGGCGCGCGACAGUUCUCAAGCUCGAUAACGGCGCUUGACCGCACGCCGCCACAAGGAUGGACACCGACACCAUUCGUCACAGAGACAGUAGGAGGCGGCUGGCACACAUAUGACAUCUUCUCUCGGCUCCUUAAGGAGCGUAUCAUCUGCCUGAAUGGCCAAGUCGAUGAAACAAUGUCCGCCUCGAUCGUCGCGCAACUCCUCUUCCUCGAAGCCGAUAACCCCAAGAAACCAAUUCAUCUGUAUAUCAACUCACCAGGAGGCUCCGUAACAGCAGGUCUCGCAAUCUACGAUACGAUGACAUACAUCGCUGCUCCAGUCAGCACAAUCUGCGUGGGACAAGCAGCCUCAAUGGGCUCUCUUCUUCUUUGCGGCGGCGAGCCUGGAAAGCGAUACUGUCUCCCACACAGCUCAAUCAUGAUCCAUCAGCCCUCAGGAGGAUAUUUUGGUCAAGCGAGUGAUAUUGCGAUUCACGCGAAAGAAAUUCUGCGAGUGCGAGAACAGCUUAACAAGAUCUAUAAGCACCACUUGACGGGCAAGAAGCAAUUGUCGCUGGAUGAAAUUGAAAAGCUCAUGGAGCGGGAUUACUUCAUGGGGGCACAGGAAGCGCUGGACUUGGGCAUCGUGGAUGAGAUUCUAGAUCGAAGGGUACAGAAUUCGAAUAAGGGAGGCGAUGGGGAUGGUAAGCCCCCAACACUAUGA